AGGUGCAAUGCCAAUCAGAGAGGUUGGAGGCACUGUGCCGCCUUCAUUGUUCAGAUAAGUAACUCCACACUGAUCCUCCGACGGGCUGAAUCCGUUCCCGUGCUCGUAGGUAGUUGGUCCGACAUGGCGACCGUGGAGGCGUCUUGUUUCGGGACAACCUGGUUCUAAACUGUUUCUCAAUUUACGGAAGCUUGUCCAAGCUGCAGAACUCCAGGGGCAUCAGGAACACUGUGGAAUAAUUGCUUGUUGGAUCUCUGUAAAUUUUUACAAGAACGGUGGCGACCAUGGAGGCAGAGCUGAGGCCAACGGCAGGCCGCAGGUUGGGCGCUCCGGAGAGUCUGGGGGUUAGCACGCUGGAGCCUGGGCAUAGGCCGCCCCCCAUGCCCCGUGGCCGCCGAAUCUCCAUCAGAGUCCUUCUGCUGGACGACACGGAGGAGGUCUUUGAGGUCUCACAACGUGCCCCAGGAAAGCUGCUCUUUGACUUGGUGUGCAGCCACCUGAAUCUCAUCGAGGGUGACUACUUCGGCCUGGAGUUUCAGGACCGGCGCAAGAUGACUGUGUGGUUGGACCUGGUGAAACCCAUCAUGAGGCAGGUUAAACGCCCCAAAUGCACUCUCCUCCGCUUUGUGGUGAAGUUCUUCCCCCCAGACCACACCCAGCUCUUGGAGGAGCUAACAAGGUACCUGUUUGCCCUCCAGAUCAAGCAGGACUUGGCCAGUGAACGCCUAGUGUGCAAUGACAGCAGCGCCGCCCUGCUGGUCUCCCACAUCAUCCAGUCCGAGAUGGGGGACUUUGAUGAAGCCCAGAGCAGACAGCAGCUCCUCGACAACCAGUACAUUCCCAACCAGGAGAGCCUGCUGGACCGGAUCUUGGAAUUCCACCGCAAGCACGUGGGGCAGAACCCAGCAGAAUCUGACUACCAGCUGCUGGAAAUCGCCCGCAGGCUGGAGAUGUACGGGAUUCGCCUGCAUCCUGCAAAGGACAAGGAGAGCACUAUGCUGAGCCUGGCAGUGGCUCACACUGGCAUCCUCGUCUUCCAGGGGCAAACGAAGAUCAACGCCUUCAACUGGUCCAAAGUUCGCAAGCUGAGCUUCAAGAGGAAACGUUUCCUCGUAAAACUGCGACUGGAUCCCAACCACAGUGUAUGCCAGGACGUGCUGGAGUUCCUGAUGCUGAGCCGGGAUUGCUGUAAGGCCUUUUGGAAGAUAUGCGUGGAGUACCAUGCUUUCUUCCGGCUUCUCGAGGAGCCCAAGCCCAAGCCCAAGCCGGUGCUCUUCACAAGAGGCUCCUCCUUCAGGUUCAGCGGACGCACACAGAAGCAGGUCAUCGAGUACGCCAAGGACUCCGAGUUUAAAAAGGUCCCCUUUCAGAGGAAACACAGCAAGGUCCAGUCUGUCAGCAGACAGCCCACCUCCCUCCUGCUGCAGGCUGAAGCUCUAAACGAACUUAGUGAGGUCUGCUCCUCAGCAGAACAGCCCGACUCUCAGCAUCACCACAGCUCUUCCUUGGCUGGUGGCCAUGGCUCGGGAGCCUCACAAGAGCAUGGCAGCCCGGCCCGACCCAUUGCGCCAGAGAACGGGGGGGGCGCAGCGGUGGAGGGCCGGAGACGGGCAUCACCCACCAGGCAGCCGACAGAGAAUCCGAGCACAGCAGGGCCGGCUGUAAACAGUCCUCGGCUCUCGGACUCCUCGGUGACCUCCCAGGGCUUGGUCAAUGGGCAGAAACCAGCCUCGGUGGCCAGUCAGAGCCCAGACGGGAAACCUCCUUCGCUGCUCACGAGCCCUCAGUUGAACGACAUGGGCUGCAUGCGCACCGAUGAGGAGGAAGAGGCCCGGAGGAAGAGAUUCCCCACUGACAAGGCCUACUUCAUUGCCAAGGAGCUACUGAUGACAGAGAGGACGUUUGUGAAGGACCUGGAGGUUAUCACUGUGUCUUUUCAGAACCUCAUCGCCAAGCAGGAUGUUGUGCCGGACUCUGUGAGGGACUGCAUCUCCUCCCAUUUUGUGCCUGUCCACAAAUUCCACACUGGCUUUCUCAAGGAGGUGGAGCAGAGGCUGGCUCUGUGGGAAGGCCGCUCCAACGCCCACAUCAAAGGUGACUACCAGCGCAUGGGCGAUGUCAUGCUGAAGAAUAUCCAGAGCAUAAAGCAGAUGACAGGCCACCUGCAGAAACACGCGGAGACGCUGCUGGAGGUGGAGCGGGUGUGUGGGAGCUCACGCCGCUUGGAGGCCCUCUGCCGUGAACUGGAGCUGCAGAAGGUCUGCUACCUGCCCCUCAACAUCUUCCUGCUGCGGCCUCUCCACCGCCUCAUGCACUACAAGCAGAUCCUGCAGCGGCUCUGCAAACACUACCCUGCAACCCAUGAGGAUUUCAGGGACUCCAGAGCUGCCCUUGCGGACAUCUCCGAAUUGGUGGCCCAGCUCCACAGCACCAUGAUCAAGAUGGAGAACUACCAGAAGCUGCUGGAACUCAAGAAGGACCUGAUCGGAGUGGAAAACCUGGCCGCUUCAGGACGGGAGUUCAUCAGGUUGGGCUGCCUCAGCAAGCUGUCUGGGAAGGGCCUCCAACAGCGCAUGUUCUUCCUGUUCAACGACGUCUUGUUGUACACGAGUCGUGGGAUGACGGCCUCCAGUCAGUUCAAAGUGCAUGGCCAGCUGCCUGUCUAUGGCAUGACAAUCAGAGAGAGUGAGGACGAGUGGGGCGUACCGCACUGCUUUACACUGUCCAGUCAGCGCCAGUCCAUGGUUGUGGCUGCCAGCUCUUUAUUAGAGAUGGAGAGGUGGAUGGAGGACAUCAAGAUGGCCAUUGACUUGGCCAGGAAGUCCAAUGGGCCUUCUUCAGAGCUUCUGGCUACCAGCCGGCCUGAGAGCAAAUGUCCCGAGGAGUCCACUCUGGACCAGGAGUCCGAGGACGACCUGAGCGCAUCGCGUACUUCCCUGGAAAGACAGGCGCCCCACCGGGGCAACACCACGGUCGUGUGUUGGCACAGGAGCACCAGCGUGUCCAUGGUGGACUUUAGCAUGGCCGUAGAGAACCAGCUGUCAGGGAAUUUGCUGAGGAAGUUCAAAAACAGCAACGGUUGGCAGAAGCUCUGGGUGGUCUUCACUAACUUUACCCUUUUCUUCUACAAGACAUACCAGGAUGACUACCCCCUGGCCAGCCUGCCCCUGCUGGGCUACUCAAUCACCAUCCCCUCAGUGUCAGAGAACAUCUACAAGGACUAUGUCUUCAAGCUGCACUUCAAGUCCCAUGUCUACUACUUCAGAUCCGAGAGCGAGUACGCAUUCGACAGGUGGAUGGAGGUCAUCCGCAGUGCCACCAACCCACCCAGCCGCAGCCGCAAUCAGAACCGCAAGGACCCUCAGCCCUACUGACCCAGGGAGGAUAUGGCCAUCCCAGCCGCCCCAUCCCAAGUCCCACCUUUCCCCGGCCCCACCCUGUAUCCCGGCUGUGCAGUCUCACCGCUUCCCUUCUCUGCCAUUCGGGAGCUGCCUCCAACUCACAUCGGCCUCCUUGCACAAUAUCUGUGCUUUUAAAUGCUUUAAAAAGUCACAUGACUGCUGGUUUUGAUGACAUCACAGACUCUUUUUACUGCGUUUUUACAGAGCUCUGGACCAUCUCUUUUCUAGCUAGUCAUUUUAUACGAUUUUUUAAACAGGUCUGUGGACCACGUCUCACUGAUUUUUACGUCACCCAGUUGUGUUUUUUAAGACACAAAGGCUUCGGUUUAGUUUUAGGGAGAAGGUUUGUUGUUAAGCUUUUUUUCUGCAUUAUUUUGGGAGGAAGACAGAUUUUGAAUCCAGCUGGCUGAGUGCCAAACAUAAUUUCACCAAUGUAUCGCAGUCUUUAUAAAGCCAUUUUUAUAUGUUGAUCAUUCUUCAUUUGUAAAAAAAAAAAAAAAAAGAGAGAGAGAAAUAAAUAAAUUAUAUAAAAUCAACAUACUUUAAAACAUAUAUGGUAGGAACCUAAAAGUUUAACCAAGAUAUCCUUGGAUGAUAUAUAAGAGUUUAUGGAUAGAGUUGGCCAAUGGCAGUAGAUUUUCCAGGGGGAUGAGACCUUUCGCCGAUGCGCUUCCAUGGCUAAGCGCUGCACAUCACGAAAGCUUAUCCAAGUGCUAGUGCUGGCACUUCCACGUAGAUUUUUUCCUGCUCCUGAUUCUAUGAGACACUGCUGACCGCAUGGCCCAUAUUUCAUUCUCAGUUGAAAUAUAUUUUACAGUUAACCAUUAAUUCGAAUUUGAUUAAAAAAUGAACUGAAGCUGUAAUUAUGUUGUGUAAGACGCGCUAAAAUUAACCAUAAAUCUCUCAGCUCCCCGACUCUCACCACCCUCGAAGCUCGGACCGCCCGCCAUUCGGAAAUGAGUCCCACAAUUGGUUUUAACGGACAAUGGGAAUGAUGUGAUAUCAGUCCUCGCUGGGGGCUGAGGAGCAGGAGAUGGCUCUGUGACAGCAAAAGCAAUAAAACCACAGGUCUAGA